AUGUCCUGCAUACCUCGAAUGUCUAGGCCCUUGCGCCGUCUCUGCACCUGCCCAUCAUCUCUCCGCUCCUUUACCACCGCCUCCGCCCGCCUCGCCACCACUACCACCACCACCACCUCCUCGUCCUCCUCGUCCUCCUCGUCCUCCUCGGACCCCCCGCCGCGGCCUCUCAAACCACUCACCCAGGAGCAGCGCGACUUUCUCUCCUCGGCGCUGCGCGUCAACCAGGCCGGCGAGCUCGCCGCCACGCUCAUCUACACGGCGCAGACGCCGCCCCUCGUCCGCGCGCACCCGCACCUGCGCCCGCUGCUGCGGCACAUGUACGACCAAGAGGCCGCGCACCUCGCCACCUUUAACGCGCUGCUGCACCGGCACCGCGUGCGCCCCACGGCGCUGUACCCGCUGUGGUCGGCCAUGGCCGGCGGCCUCGGCUGGGCCACGGCCGUCAUGGGCCGCGAGGCCGCCAUGGCGUGCACCGAGGCCGUCGAGACGGAGAUUGGCGGACACUACAAUGAGCAGAUUCGCACGCUGCUGGAGAUGGUCGCCGCGUGGGAGGCCGAGGGCUACGGGGUCGGCGCCGAGUUUCGGGAGCUCAUUGACACGCUUCGACGCAUCCGCGACGAGGAGCUAGAGCACCUGGAUCAUGCCGUCGAGCACGAUGCGAAAAAGGCGGAUCCACACUGGCUACUCACGGGUGUCAUUCGCGCGGGCUGUCGCGGUGCCAUCUGGGUCAGCGAGAGAGUUUGA